CCACUGUCCAACCCGUUCCUACGAUGCCGAAACAUUACUGUGACUACUGCGACGUUUACUUGACACACGACUCAGCGUCAGUUCGCAAGGCCCACAAUAGCGGCAGGAAUCAUCUUGCAAACGUUCGGGAUUACUACGCUUCCCUUGGUCAUGACAAGGCCCAAAGCAUCAUUGACCAAAUCACCUCGGCGUUUGAGUCUGGUGGAGGUCCACCUCCUGGAGGAUUCGGUUUUGGCCCACAGCAUAUCAGUGAAAACCCGGGAUUCCCCUCGUCUGGCCCUCCACCAGGGUAUGGCAUGCCACCCGCUGGCUUUGGCGGACCUCCUGGUUUUCCCUCUCGUCCUCCCUUCCCUCCUGGAGGCGGGUUUGGUGGGCCACCAGGCAUGAUGGGUAUGCCUGGGGCCCCUGGUGCUCCUCCAUUUCCUCCUAAUGGUGGUAUGCCGCCCGGUAUGGGUGGGCCCCCGCCUGGCUUCUCAGCUCCUCCAUUCCCUCCUCAAGGCGGUGUCGCACCACCCUUCCCGCCCUCGAACGCAGCCAACCUACCGCCCUUCCCUCCAAACUUCCAAGGAGCACAAGGCCAGAGCCCCCCGAACUUCGCCAAUCUUCCGCCCAACCCCAACGGACAGGGUCCUCCGUCCAACGGCGCACCCCCAGGCGGCGGAGCAGGUCCUACUGUACACCCUGACAGGAUGAAGUUCUUGAACGGGCCGAGGUAAAGGUCGUAGGUAAACUGCCGAUGAGUCGUUGCACCUGUUACUUCUCUUCCGUUUUCUCUUUUCUUCUGUAUUCUCGCGCUCUCGUGUCUUGUUGGUCUGUAUGUUGUGGAUCAAAAGUGCUCUGAUCGUUUGCUCCGUUCUUUCCCUGCUGAUCCCCUUUACAUGACUAGGGCGGGAUCGGGUACGACGUAGCUGGCUUCAAAACCAUUGGGGAAUAGUAUGAUU